AUGUAAUAGAUUAUGACUACAGUCUACAGCUACACAGUAACAUAAAAUAGUGACAGUCUGGAUUUAUAGAUUACUAGCAUCUAGAUAUCUAUAACUAUAAAAAUUACUAACUUAGGUACAGUCUAUAUCUAGAUCUAUUAUAUUUGCAUCUGCAAAAUGUUUGGAGGAACAACAAAUUUUAGCCAGUCCACAUUGUUUGGCUCCACUCCUAUAACCAACACAAACCCAAUGAAAGAUGUGGAAGUUAGUUCCCCUCCUGACGACAGUGUAAGCUGCCUCAAAUUUAGCCCUGGUGUUCUCUCGUCAACGUUUUUGGUAGCAGGCAGUUGGGAUAACCAUGUGCGAUGUUGGGAAGUUCAUCAAAAUGGACAAACCACCCCUAAAGCCCAACAGACACACACAGGACCAGUAUUGGGUGUUGAUUGGAGUGAUGAUGGCACAAAAGUUUUUACUGCAUCCUGUGACAAAACUGUUAAAAUGUGGGAUUUAAAUAGCAAUCAAGCCAUGCAGGUGGCACAGCAUGAUGCACCAGUUAAAACAGUGCAUUGGAUAAAAGCACCAAAUUAUAGUUGCGUUAUGACUGGAAGCUGGGACAAAACAUUAAAGUUUUGGGAUACUCGUUCAUCUACACCAAUACUUAGCAUACAGUUACCAGAAAGAGUUUAUUGUGCUGAUGUGAAAUAUCCAAUGGCUGUUGUUGGUUUAGCUGGCAGAGCUAUAAUCAUUUAUCAACUUGAUGUACAACCUCAAGAGUUUAAACGGAUGGAGUCCCCUCUCAAAUACCAGCAUCGGUGUGUGAGUAUCUUCAAUGACAAAAAGAACAAUGCACCCACUGGCUUUGCACUGGGUAGUAUAGAAGGACGUGUGGCUAUACAGUAUGUGAACCCAACUAACCCCAAAGACAACUUUACCUUUAAAUGUCAUCGCUCUAAUGUUGCACCAAAUGGAGGAAUACAAGAUAUCUUUGCAGUUAAUGACAUAUCCUUCCAUCCCACUCAUGGCACAUUGGCAACAGUAGGAUCUGAUGGACGCUUCAGUUUCUGGGAUAAGGAUGCUCGAACGAAACUGAAGACAUCAGAGCAGUUUGAUCUUCCCAUCACAACUUGUUGUUUCAAUGCUCAAGGAAACAUUUUUGGCUAUGCCUCUAGCUAUGACUGGUCUAAGGGUCAUGAGGGUUAUGAACCACAAAAGAUGAAGCCUCACAUUUUCAUGCGCUCUUGUUUUGAUGAACUGAAGCCCAGCACAAAAAGAACAUAAAAUCCAUUUUUUUUUAGUUCAUUUUCAAAAUCAUGUCAUCUUCAGGAAAACUUCACUCUUGCAUCAAAAUUACUGAAGAUCAUUUUAUAUGAAAAGAAUUGUUAUAUAUAGAAAUCAAUACAUGUUGCGUUGUUUAUAUAUAUGUUUUUCAUUUCUCUUGAGUUCUUACAGGAAAAAAUAUUAAAAUGUGCUUCAAAUAAUUUCUGA